UAAAAAACGUCAAAGUGAUACGCAAAGCUGUCACGUCUGUCAUUGAAACGUCAAAAUAAAUAUAAAUUUGGCUAUUUUUGUUGAAAUAAUAAAUCCUAUUUCAUUAAAAGCAAAAAAUAAAGUGAAGCGAUAUAAAUAUCUAGCAAUUGACACCAGCGUCGUUAUCCUACUGUAAACUACAUUGGUUAUUUGUUAUUACAUUUACAUUUCUGAAUUAAAGAUGACGACGGAAAAAGUUAUUGGGGAUGUAGCAGAGGCAAAUGACAGUGUCCCAGCACUCUUACCACAAAACCAUAGGUUUUUAGAACCAGAGAAAGCAGUGAAAACUCUGACAGAUAUGGCCAUAUGGGAGAAAUCUGAAGCUUACAUGGAAUACACUGGGUUUAUAGCCACAUUGAAUGAAGCCAUCAAGGCCAAACCACUAACUGUAGACUGUAAGAUCUCAGACAAUGUAAAAAAACUCAUUAAAAUGCUUGACUUAAUUGACAAUUUGAUAGAUGAAUUCCCUCCAAUUGAACAACCACAGCGGUUUGGUAAUGUGGCAUUUAGGUCCUGGCUCUCCAAACUGAAGCUGAAUAGCACUCUAUAUCUACAGGAUGCUCUGCAUCAGUCCAUACAUCUAGCUAUAUCUGAGAUUAAAGUUUACUUAGAGGAGAGCUUUGGUAAUGCAACUAGGAUUGACUAUGGAACAGGACAUGAAAUGGCUUUUGCAAUGUUCCUCUGUUGUUUGUAUAAAAUAGGACAUUUAGUCGCUGAGGAUAAUGUAGCAGUAGUUUUCUUAGUGUUUAACAAAUAUUUAUCUAUUGCAAGAAGGUUACAGAAAACAUACAGAAUGGAACCUGCUGGCAGCCACGGUGUGUGGAGCCUGGAUGAUUACCAGUUUAUCCCCUUCAUUUGGGGCAGCUCCCAACUUAUUGAUCAGCCAAGAAUAUAUCCACCAGCCAAGUUCUUGGAAGAUGAUAUUAUUGAGAAAUAUCACAAUGAGUACAUGUUUAUUUCUUGCAUUAAACAUAUUAAAGAGGUGAAAAAAGGUCCGUUUGCAGAGCAUUCUAAUCAAUUGUGGAGUAUCAGUGCAGUAGGUUCAUGGACCAAGAUCAAUCAAGGUCUCAUUAAGAUGUAUAAAAAGGAGGUGUUAGCCAAAUUCCCAGUUAUUCAACAUGUGCUGUUUGGGUCUCUGUUACCUAUCAGGAGGUUCCCUCUCAAUCACUAAGAGGAGUGAAGCUGAUUAUUGUGGCCAAUAUAAUGCACUCAUUGUGCUGAGAUAUGGAUAUUGAGAUUGAGCAGUCCCAAAAAGAGAGGUGAAAAAAGAAAUUAUUUAUUUCAACAAUUAUUUUGUUUCUCUGUUUAUGUAUCCAAUUGAUAUUAACUUAUAUUCACUGCCUUAUGAUUUAGCCUUAUUUAUAAAUGAAUAUUGUAUAUUUGGAACAAAAUUCAGUAUUAUGAGUUGUGCAAUUUGUAAUGAGUCUCUGUCACUAAAAUAAUUACCUUAUAAUUGUAUUUGUUGUAAUGUAGUAUGAGAUACUAAUUGGUGGCUAAAUGGGCGGGUGAGCACGCCAGAUAAGUUCGACGCGGCGGAUUGACGUCAUGUGGCUUAUCAGAUAGUGAAUUGGUAUUUGGUUGUCUUCCUUAUUUCAUAUUGUUAUCUUUGUAUCCAUUUAAGUAGUUUUAUUACUUUCAGAACUAAAGUAUAUGUUUUUGAUUGCCUAAUCUAAAUGUUAGGUGAAUGAGAAUCAAAGUACUUAUAUAUUUACUCAUGUAUCUAUGUGUAGGUAACAGUUUUGUGUGAAGUUAUAUAAUUGCUCCUACACCUACAGUCAUAUAUUACGUACUGGUGUGAACUUUGCCCCUCCAGCCUUAUUAUUAUAAUUACCAUUUAUUACGUAUAUACUACGCUAUUGUUUCCAAUAAAAUAAUUAAUUAUGCUAUUUUGUGAUAUAUUUUAGGUGGUAGGCGUCUGUCGUUAACUUAGCACCUAACUACGAUGUCUUGUCACUUGUUACUAAUAAAUAUCUUCAAAUAAAUACUGAUUUUGUUUAUAUCUGAUACGUCUCUCGAAUCA